AUGGAGGCUGAGGAGCCUGUAGAGCCUGUAGAAACGAAACCAAUGUUCCCGCGUUCGCGUAUAUACCAUAGUUAUUAUUCGGAGGAAAAGACAUUCAGCGCAGCUUCAUCAACACAGAAAGGUGCUGGCUUACCACCGUCUAAAGUCUACGUCGGUCGAAAGGAAGGAGAUGAUGACAUUGAGAGUUUGCUUGCCAAAUUAAGUCCUGAGGAGCUCGAGGAUUUGAACAAUGACUUUGAUCCAGAUAACUCUAUGCUUCCUCCUUCUCAACGUUGCCGUGAUCAAACAACGAAAGCUCCGACGGGUCCAUACAAACGUGAAAAUUUGUUGAAAUUUUUAGAAGAACAAGCAAAGAAUGAGAAAGACUGGGAAGAUGUCAUGCCAUAUUCGCCUGGUGUUAAGCGAGGCAAAGUUUUCGAAGACGAGGAUAUGACUAUAAAUGAAAAUAUGGAAAAAGGAAAGGGAGGACUUGGUGAUAUGGAAAUGCCUAUCGAACUCGAUAUUGAAGAUGAGGAUGAGGAUGAAGAUGGUCUUGAUGAAGCUCUUGAUGGAGCACCAGAAAGAGAUCUAGUCGAUUUGGCUGGAAUCUUAGGAAUGCACAAUAUCCUUAAUCAACCUCAGUACUAUAAUGCCUUGAAAGGAAAGCGGCAGGACGAUGCCACUGGAACUACCUUCAGUGGAAUCAUUCGUGGUUACGAGCCCAAAAUCAUUCCUGACGAGCCAGAAAAUGAAACAAAUGUGGACGAUUGUAUAGAGCGCCUUCAAUCUGAUGACGACACGUUGACAGAGGUUAACAUCAAUAACAUGAAACGAGUUUCUAAAGAGAGAAUUCGAACUCUUAUAUCUGCUGCUUGUAACAGUAAACACAUCACGAAGCUGUCCAUGGCCAAUACGGCGAUCUCAGAUAGUGAAGCUAGGGGAUUAGUUGAAUUGUUAGAGUCUUCACCGACUUUAAGAAUCUUAAACGUUGAAUCCAAUUUUUUGACGCCGGAGUUAUUAGCGAGGUUACUAAGAGCUACCUUAAGCACUCAAAGCUUAGUAGAGUUCCAUGCUGAAAACCAGCGCCAAACUGUUUUGGGUAAUCAAAUAGAAAUGGAUAUGAUGAUGUCUGUGGAAGAGAAUGAUUCUUUGCUCCGUGUCGGAGUAGCGUUCCAGUCGAUGGAAGCACGACAUCGUGUUUCGGAAGCUUUGGAACGAAAUUAUGAACGACUGCGUUUGAAACGUCUGGGGAGACUGACAGAGAUCGAAGAAUAA